AUGACAACGGAUGCAGCCACGACGCCUCGUCAGACAGCAACGCCGACCAGUGACCGCGCUCUCAUGCCGACGGACGAUGCCAUCGACGACGCUCGCAUGCACUCCUUGCGGAUCUCCUUGGAGGAUACGGUCGCAGCUCGGGCAGCAAGAACAUCGAAUGACGAGGUCGAAUCAGACCAAUCUGGUCACGCUGCUCGUCCUGCGCUCAAGCAUGACCAGCUUUCGUCCGAGGAUUACGUAGAGCUGACCCGCAUCUCCCACAAGAAGGACGACAUAGAGCGUCACAUAGCCGACCUGCAGAGCUGGUCAGCUUGGGAUCCUUUCUUGGAGGUCGCAUCGUAUUCAACCGAGCCUCAGGUGCUUUUAGCAAGUAACUCUGCGCUCGGACGACUCAGCUCAGAGCUCGAACUCCGCCAGGGCAAAUGCGACCGUCUCGAGCACGACGUUCAACGAUUCAACGUGGACGAUAUGAAGCGACUGCGCAAAGUUGCAAAAGCCACCUCCAAGCGACACCUCUCUGGACCCGACACCGACCUGCUCGAGCUAGCUCUCUCCACCAUUUACGCGCUCGACAAGCUCCUGCGGCUGUUGCGCGACCAACGCGCCGAGCACGAGCUUACAGAGCUUCGACUGCGAUGGGAAAGGGCUCUCCUGGCGAGCUGGCAAGACGUUGCAGCCCUGCGUAGCGAUAUCCAAGCCUUUGUCCGAAAGUGCCGAGGCCUCAAAGAGGCACUGCUCCACAGUCAAGACGGCCACACGACGGACGCAGCGCUGCUUCAAAGCAACGAGACCCUCAAUGUGGACGAAAUCCCGACUACUUCGAACCAGGCUGCAGCCGAAUCUGCAGCACACCACCCGUCAGGGGCCGGAAAGCGCACAGAAGUGCCUACGCCCGCUCUCAGGCUGGCAGCAGAGUCUGUCAAGUUAGAGUCGUCCCGCCUCGUCCUCCGCGUCAGGAGCUUCGAUGCGGAAAAGGUCCGCUAUGCCGGAAGGCUGCUGGAUCUCCUCAUCGAUCACAGGCAGGUGCCAGAGAAGCUAUUGGACGAGCAGGAGAAGUUGGAGGACGCCUUGAUGCGGCCAGCGGCGAUAGAAGCGGAAGCUGCGAACAUAGCGACUCUGCUCGAGAAAAAGACCUCAGGACAUCUACCCGGCUCGUCCUCGACAACAGAUUUGAGCGUCAAGCCUCACCGUUCAAUCUCUGAACCUCUCGAAACACCCCGUCGCCGGGAAGUACGUGAGAUGCGCAGCACAAAGGACGAGGUCUCUCCGAGCGUCGCCUCUAGCUCUCGCACCCUGCACUCGAAGCGUCUCACCGGGGCAUUUUCAACGCCAUCGCCAAAAGCGACGCGGGACGCCGGUGUCAAUCGAUACCAAGCCGAUCCUCGGAAUAAGCUGGACACCGCGAUCGGCCGCAUCGUCAACCGUCUACCGAUGCCCGUCUCGAUCAUAUCGGUUCAAGCCGCAAAUCGCAGUGCCUCGUCUGCCGCCAAGGAUGAGAAAGACAUCAGCGGCCGAUAUUGGAUCGGUGAUCCUGAGCCGCGGCUUUGUUUCUGCCGCAUCCUUCCUUCACGCACGGUCAUGGUCAGGGUUGGAGGUGGCUGGCAGGAGCUGUCCGAGUUUUUAACGCAGCACUACUCGCAUCUGAGUCUCCCAAACGGCGAAAUGCAUUCGGCCAUGCUGAGUCCUUCCAAGGGCCAUUCGGCGUCGAGCCUGGCGUGGCUGCGAUCUGCUUCCGGUCCGGCAGGCUCUCCGGCUGCAAAAUCGGUACUGUCCAUGGGAUCGCACCGGUCGAACACGUCUGCUCGCAAGAGUAUAUCGCCGCGAGUCUCCCGAGUCGUCACAAUGCCAGUGGACUUGAUGAGGCACUCGGCCAGCAAAGAUGGAGGCGACAAACUCAAGCGCCAGACCUCCAACGGAGCGCUCCGUCACCGCAGGGUCGACUCUGGGGAGGAGAUCGGCCCGUCACCGGACGCAGCCGACAGCAUCCUCACUAGCGGAUCGCAGUCGUCCAUCGUCAUCCAUCCUUCGUCUCCAUCUUUGUAG